AUGCCUGAAGUAGUCCAGCAAGAUGUAUUGGACUUCAACACCGACUUUCCAAAGCUGUUCCAUCUCUAUGCACUCAUGGAGCAACAGGAAGAGCUUUCCCUCCUUCAGUACAUGGAGGAGCAUGCACUUGAGCACAACACCUCUUUUCCUGUGGUUUCAUCCAUCAUAGCAUUGGGAAAGCUCCGAGCUCUGGAUAUUGAUGAGGAGGACAUUGACUCUUUCAUUGUAUCUCCUGAGAUGGAACAAGAGUGGGAUGAGGAUUCUGAAGUCAACUGGGAUGAUGAGGAUGAUGGUGUGGGCUUUGUCUUCCAUGACUUUGUCCAUCCUAUUAUUGAUCAUGCCCACUUUGUCCCAUCUAUGGAAGAGGAACCAAAUGCUGGUACUUCAAGCUCAUCUGCUGCUGGUCCUUCUUCACCACCUGACUCUCCAACAAGAGACCAAGCAGGAGGUCAGCAACUGGAUGAUGACAAGGAUGAACGGGUGACUUGGACACAUCCCACAGCAGGUCAUAUCUUGCAUGAUCCACCUCAUAAGGAUCAAGAUGGUGAUGUUCGUAUGGGAGAUCCACAAGAUUUUGGUCAAGAUUAUGGUCCGUUCACUUCUGAGCUUGACUGGAAGAUUGCGCAAUGGGCCAUCAAGGACAGUCCUGGACACAACACCUUUGACUGCUUGCUAAAAAUUCUUGGAGUUGUCAGGAAGCUUGGCCUCUCAUACCAUAAUGUCCGAGCACUUCACAAAAAGGUCGACUCCCUUCCAGAGAAAGCUGGCAAGUGGAAAACCAAAGAACUUGCCUUCUCAGACCGUCCAGAUGAGAAAUUCACUGUUCGCCAUCGUGAUCCCAUUGAGGCCAUCAAGAGCCUUUGGAAGAAUCCUGAAAUCUCUCCAAAGAUGGCAUUUGCCCCAACCUGUGGCAAUGGUGGCAUGUUCUCCAGAGCUACAGUUCCUGAAGGUGGAACUGUAGCUCCAGUUAUCAUCGCUACUGACAAGACUCAACUGACUCAGUUCUUGGGCAACAAAUCAGCAUAUCCAGUCUACCUUACCAUUGGAAACAUUCCCAAGUCUCUUCGACGCAAACCCACAAAGAAUGCCUGUGUUCUUAUUGCAUAUCUUUCCAUUGACAAGGUCAAGAGGAUAGAGAUGACGGAGCAACAGCAUCGCUCUCGAAUGCAUCGUAUCUUUCAUCAGUCCAUGCACGAGGUUCUUUGA